ACCGCGAACUCGUCAUCGUCGCACGCCGGAAUUGCGGCAUCGCAGCUUACUUGGAACUCUUUGGCCACGUUCACACGUCUGAGCUUGUGCAGGUGAAACCAGCAAAUAUCAACCGUGUUAUUCGGUACACCUUGUGCCACGCGCUUCACCUGCAGAUCUACCGUGGAAGGUGCGAGAUACUCCACAGAUCACCCGUGGUUCCCUGGACCCCACCUACUACUUGAGCUACCACUCCGCAUAAGCUCCGACUUACUUACACCAUCUUGCAAUAAAAAACGCAAACGUUUCACUAGGUUGCUAGAAUUGUUUGUCAAGCUCUGCCUAGCUCAAAAACCUCCACGGCUCGCUGUAAAGCUACAGCGCAUCCAUCUUCACCACCACACACACUACAUCGCCACAUCACUAUGUCCGACCAAGAACAGCUCGUCGCCAUGGGCUUUGACCCCGAGCGCGCCACUCUCGCCCUCAAAGCCAGCGGUAACCUGCAAGGCGCCCUCGACUGGAUCGAGAAGAACCAAGACCGCCCUCUCGACGAGAUCAAGGCCGAGCAAGCCUCCGCCGCCGAAGAGCCACCCGCACUGCAGCCUGGCGAAGAAGCCAAGUCGCUCGUCUGCGAAGACUGUGGCAAGAAGUUCCGCUCCGUAGCGCAGGCCGAAUUCCACGGCAGCAAGACCGGCCACGAGAAUUUCGCCGAAUCAACCGAAGAGAUCGCGCCGCUCACCGAGGAGGAGAAGAAGCAGCGUCUCCAAGAGCUGAAGGAGAAGCUGGCGCUCAAGCGUGCCACGCAGGCAGAGCAGGAUAAAGAGGACCGCAAGAGGAACGAGCAGAUCCGCAUGAAGUCGACAAAGGAAUCGCAGGACAUCAAGGAGGAUCUGCAGAAGAAGGAGCAAAUCAAGGAGGCGCAGGCUAAGCGUGCAGAGAAGCUCGCAGACCAGGAAGCGAAGAAGCGCGUGCUGGCUAAGCUCGAAGCAGACAAGCAGGAGCGUAAGAGGAAGGCUGAGGUUGAGAAGGCAGCGCGUGCUGGCCAGGCUCCGCCUCCGGUCCAAGAGCAAAAGGGCCCCAUCUCUUCUGGACCUACGACGAGCAAGCCCGCGAGCGCAUACACAGAGGCACGUCUGGCGCUGCAGACACCUGGUGGACGUGUCACCAAAACCUUUCCGGUCGACACAACGCUAUUUGAGGUUGCGCAUGCGCUAGAGCAGGACGGCACAACGGUGAACACCUUCACCAUCAACUUCCCUAAGAAGACGUAUGACAAGAGUGACUUUGGUAUGACGCUCAAGGAGGCCGGCUUGGUGCCUAGCGCUGCCUUGAUCAUUGGUUGAGGCAUGCUGUAGAGAGCUCACACGGUGCUCUCGUCCUACACAACUGUAACGAAAAGAUGCAUUGGGGGCGUUCAGGUGAGAUAGGGAGACGUUGGCAUGUAGAGUAUGAUCUGGUGGCUGACAGAUGCCACUUCAGAAUCUGAAACGAAGAGAUGACCAUGGUUCUCCUCUAGAGCGCCCGAAAUAACGACUUGUGUUCUUCUGAUACUUUCUGUUGUCUUCACUGAAUCAUUAUGUCGUAGUAAAGCACUGCGCAUAUUGGUCAUACGCCAGUCCCAUGCAUCAUGCAACAACGCUCAGACACUUCUCGCUCUCUCAGUCAUACUCAUCGUAAUCCCCUUCAUACCUGCCCAUCUCUCGCUGCGUACUGCACCA